UGUGCAUUUGUGUCUCAUGGCGUCAUGUCAUUGUCAUGUGUCAUGUGAGAGUUUUAGGUUAAAUUUAUUAAAAUUGAUUUGGUUUGGAUAAUGUUCUAAAUUCAACUACAGAAUUAACAAUUUAAUUUUAACCAAGAUAAGAUAAAUAAUACACAAUGAGUGAAAGUGAAAAUCUAGAAGAAGCACAAGAAUAUAAGCCCGAACAAGUGGAAGCUUCAUGCGAGGAAGCUAUGAAUACAAUGUCUGGUACUAUAAGGAGGGCAAACAAGAUUCCAAACUCCAAGAAAAUAUCAAACAUUAAAAAGAAAAAAAAAUUGCAAGAUUUCACAGAGAAUGUUGUAAAAACUCUCACCAAUAUGAUGAAGAUUGAGCAGACAGCAGUAACUCUAAAAGUUGACGACCCGGAAUUCAUAAUGGAACGGUUGAUAGAUGCCAAUGAUAGGAUAUUGGAUAGAAUUCACAGUAACAUUGAUUGUUUCGACAAAGGCAUAAAACCAAAAAACCUUGCGGAAACAUCGGCGCGUGGAGGUCUAUCCAAUCCCAUUGUUACUACCAUAAAGGUAGGGGCAACAACCUAUACAGGCGGUAAAAAUAUAGUGGCUCCCCAGAUAUUUUUUAAAGACAAAGUGGAUAACUCAGCUACUCCGUUUGUGCCAAAGAUAACCCACAAACCGCAUAGUCUUCGACCUCUAGCCUUGGAGCCACAGUACAAUGACUGUGGUGAAGUAAUUGGAUACAAACAUCCCUAUGAAUAUGAGCUGACUGUAACCCAACCGAAGCUCAGUUGGCUGAAACCAGAACCAGGCGACAUUGAGCUGCCAUUGCCACUUGAGUCGACGAGUCUAACAUUUGUAGACAAUGUAGCACAGCUGCAUGAGCUCUUAGCACACCUUCACACGGUCGACGAGUUGGCUAUAGACCUGGAGCACCACCAUACGCGGUCAUUUUUGGGCUUUACCUGCCUGAUUCAGAUAACGACUGACAGAGAUUAUGUUAUUGAUGCUUUGGCGUUGAGAUCCGAGCUCCAUAUAUUAAACGAAAUUUUUACUAAUCCGGACAUACUUAAAAUUCUUCAUGGCGCAGGUAAUGACAUUCUUUGGCUACAGCGUGAUUUUGGCGUCUAUAUAGUCAAUAUGUUCGAUACCCACCAGGCGUCGGUAGUACUAAGCUUGCCUAAAAGAUCUCUUGGUGCAUUGUUAACUCACUACUGUGGCGUCACAACAGAUAAAAGUUACCAGCUAGCCGACUGGCGUCUACGUCCGCUUCCAGAUAGUAUGCUGAGAUAUGCCCGAAUUGAUACGCAUUAUCUGCCGUACAUCUGGCGCCGAAUGCGUCGCGACCUCAUCCAAGCAGAUAAAGGACAAACAAAACUACUUGAAAAUGUGUUUCAGGCGAGCAAGAAAAUCUGCCUAUCGGUAUAUCGAAAGCCGCUGGUACAACACAAUGAUCCAAUUUUAAUGAUAUGCAGAAAUAGAAAAUAUAACUUUCAACAGAUGUCUGCCGUGCGAUUAUUGCAUGAGUGGAGGUUUGAGCAAGGACGAGAGCGCGACGAUAAUCCAAAUUUCCUCUUGCCAAAUAACAUGUUGCUGUCUCUAUGCGAACACUUACCGAAAGACAAGGAGGCCAUUUGUGCUCUAUGUUCGCCAGUUUCUCCCUUUAUAAAGGAGAACAUUAUGACUAUCCACCAGACAAUAAUGCAUUGUCGCAGAUUAACAAAUAAUAACGUCGCAAUACCCUCUACAUCGAUCGCAUCUACACCUGUUGUGGGUCCCAUAGUUGAAGCGCUGUACUCGGACUAUAAUGUCCACGAAAAAUACAACCCAAACACCAAGGCAGAUAGCGCUACUACGGUGAAGCAAGAGGAAAACACUGGAAAAGAAAUCGUGCCGGAGUUGCUGAUUUUUUUGGAAGACAAAGGACCGCCAUGCCGUAAACUGAAAAUCAAAUGCGCCUGGGACCAUUUCCUGUCACCUUACGAAAGAUACAGGAAUUAUUGCGAUUAUAUUCAGGUUCAAGAGAUAAAAACAGAACCAAAAAUUAUUGUUAAACGUAACGACCGCGUCCCUGAUACGAAAUUGCCUCCGCCAUCAUCAUCUGCCGAAAAUGCAAAAAUUAAACACACCAAUGAGCAAAAAAAUGAAACUACUUCGCCAGUUACAGAGAUUACGCACAAAUUUCACGUUCCUAAAGUUCGUAAAGAGGUGAACAAAGAAGCGUCCACUAGUAGUGGUAAUUCUUUUAAUAGAGCAAGUAGUAACCCGUACCGCAACGCUUCGUAUGCCAAAUACUACGCUGGCAACCAAAAAAAGAACAAACGUAAGAAGUGAGCUCUUUUCGAUUAUACCCAACCUUAGAUUGUGUAAACACUUUUCGCCGGUAUGUGAUGACAACCAAUUAGAGUUACCUUGUAAUUCAUAAAGUUGACAUUUAUUUAUUUUAGUCAGGGAUCCCUAGAACAUUUUCUACACCUGAUUACUAACAAGCUAAUUUUUCGUUUAUCUCGAUGAGACGAUCAACUUUUUUAUUUACGAAAAUUCUUGAUUCUGGUAGCUAACAGAGUUACCAGGAAAUGAAAAUUUCACACACGCAGAGAAUUCACGAUGUUUUCCUUCACCUUUUGAGACAUAUUUAACAGCCACAAUGUCCUACAAAUUGCAUUAUCUCGUUCCGACGCUCUCAGAAUUUCAGAAUCAAGAAUUUUCGUAAAUAAAAAAAGUUGAUCGUAUCAUCGAGCCAAAAAAGUAGCUUGUUAGUAACCAGAUGUACAAAAUGUUCUAGGGAUCCCUGACUAUUUAUGACAGUUAUGUAUUUGAAUAAUACAUUGUCAUAGUAAGAUGUAUUUGGAUUAUACUUCAUAGUAAGCUGUAAACUAUAAUAACCUUCUAUAGCAUUUAUAGAUUAUGAAAUUUAAAAAGUAAGAAAAAAAUGACAACUUCUAAUUAAUAUAAAUGACAACACAAUCAUGUAAUGUGUGUAAAAUGUAUAUAUAACGUCUCAGUUUAUAUUUAAACAACCCUUUAUGUACCUUACGGCUACGAAUCCAUCUGAUACUUUUCGUUCUAUUAAUGUGUUGUGUUAUAUUUUUUUUGUAUUUUUAUAAAUGGAUAUGUAUUACCAGAAUUAAUAAAUAAGCUAUCUUGUAUUGCUGAUAAAUGUCAAAAAAAUACAUUGCCUUUGUGGCAUUAUAAUUUCUAAUACUUUGAUUUAGAUGUACAUACUCGUAAUCAAUAUUUCUUUAUAAGUAUAUUAAAUAAGUAUAUGUUUAAUAUAUAGUUAUUCAAUGUAAAAUCUUGAGCUAAAAAAAAUUAAAGUUUUGUUUUUGCGAACUUUCAUUUACGGA